CAUAUUUUGGCUAUGGUGCAAUGAACCUGGCAUGCAGAUAUGUUUUCAAGUCAGUUUUUUAAUGCAUUAUUAGUGAAAUUAAAAUAUGACUACAUUAAUAGGGGAGUAUGUCAUAUUUAUAACAUAAAGUCAUAACAUUAUAAACAUAUCAAGUAUUUCCAUAUUAAUGUACUCAUACAAUGUAACUAAAACAAAAACUCCAAGUGUGUGUGUGUGUGUGUGUAUGUGUGUGUGUGUUUGUGUGUGUAUAUAUUUAUAAGUUGAGAAACUGCUUAUAAAAUUUUUGGAAAUGCAAAGUGCAAAGAAUGGCUAAGAAAUUUUGGCAGGGGGGAAAGUCGAAGGUAUUACAUCCCAAUACCAAGACUAGAAAACUUUAAUUGUAUUUAUACAAUAUUGGUGCCAGGUUAUAGAAACAGACUAACUAAAGAAUACUGCAUGUACAGGAACAUUUUGAGGCCUUUGAGAAUUCUGUCUCAACUUUCUGUGUCUAAAUUGCCUAGAGUGAAUCUCCUAGGCGUCUAAUAUCCACACCUACUAACAUCAACAACCUACAUCCCAUCUCAAGGGAGAGGAGUUAAUAUAUUUGACCUCUUCCUUUGUCUGGGGUUGAAAAACUGGUGGGACCCAUAAGCCUGAGUUCUGUCUCCUGGGAACAUAAGGUAAAGCAUGAAAAUAUUCUUUGUACCCUUUGUGGCACCUCUCCCCUGAUAAAAUUUUACUUGUUGCCUUGUUUUCCUUCUAAACAAAUACUUUCUAAGACUGUAAAGCAAGAGAUAGAAGACAGUUGGGUGAGAUGAAAACUACAGCCAAUUAGGGAGAGAAAAACGCUACACUGGCUCUUUUAUCUUUAUCAGAUAAUGUAGCCUUGGUUGGCUGUGUGCAAGUAGGGUCUGUGCCCUGGAGGACAGGACUCAGGAAGGAAGGCGUCCUUCUGGUACCAGUGAUUCCAUAAGGAGACAGCUCCUGGCAGAAAACGAUUGAUUACAUGUGCAGAGUGACUAACAUGACCAGUAACACGGCGGGGAAUCCAGAAGAAAAGAACAGCUCUUUGGGUAAAGAAGUGAAGUCAGAGCAUAUUCAGACUGAAGCAGCAAACUGUGGAAUGUAUGUUUUCUGUUGAUGUCCUUUGCAGUUUUAAUGAUUAGUAGUUUAUUUUUCUUCCCUUUCAAUGUAUCCCCUGUGACCACGAGGAAAUGUGCUUCUUGUCAAGAGGCAGUGAGUCUAUGCUUCAAGAGACUGAGUUGCAGUCUAUCCUAAACUAUAAAGACAUUUUUGGGCUUUCGCAGUCUAUCCACUUUUCAUACCACAGGAGAUGAGGGGUCCCUAACAUUUUAGGGACAAUUUUUAUGAAGACUGUCGUUACCAUUAUUCAAAUAAGUUCCAUGCCCACAGGCAUUUAACCUAAAUCAGAGCUGCAUAUCAAACCUAGAACAUACAUUCUCACGGGCUUGGAGGAUGAGGUGUGGUUGGGGCAGAGUAGGGGUGCCGCUUUGGGACGGUGGGAACUAGCUACAUCCCCCCCAGCCAGGUAGAUGUUUUGUCCACUUUGGCAAAUUAAGGACACUGGCAAUGACCAAAUCGUCCCCUAUGUGAGGGAACCUCACUAUGUAAGGUUUUGACAGGGGUUCUGGCAGAGAUGUCACAAAGUCCCCCUUCCUUGUCACAAAACUACAGAUUCCUACCAAACACAAUAAUAUAGAACUGCUGUGGCAUGUCCACAUGAUCCGCUUCCUUUCCUUCAAAGCUCUUCGGAUGACUUUGUAGAUUUGGUGGAGAGGGUGAGCACUAACUGCUCCUAAACUGGUGGAAGGAGGGCUCCAGCUGCACUGGCCUCUCCAUUGCUGCACCCCUUGCUUGUCACCAUUGCAGGUACCCUUUUCAAAAGUACUUUAUAAAAUAGAUCAUACAAUGGAGUUAAAACUAAAAUGCAUAAGGCACCUCCAAAGGCCAACUAUUCAGUGCAAAGCUAGAGAUUCCCAUAGAUGGGGUCCAUGAUCCCGUAGACCAAAAAGGAAAACAUAAGGGCAGCACUACUUUAUUAUUUUUAAGUUCAUCUCUAGGUCGUGAGAAUCUGCUCUUCUUGACUUUGACCAAGCCAAUCACACUGACUAGUAUCUGUUACAGAGGCGCUGUCAGACUCUCCAGCGGGGAGGGCCAUUUCCCUACUAAGUUAGGGAUCAGAGAUCCUCCAAGGCUAGGGCACCGCCCCUGAGGCCAUAAAUCAUCCUCCGACCUCACUGCCUUUUGUCUGAGUCAGGGGACUACUGCUUACCCGUCCCUGUGCAUUUUCUGGUGGUUGCAUUCUCUUAUUUUCACAUCCCAGGAAGCAUCCCUCCUCAUUGGGACCACAGUUCAAUCCCUGUGCAACAAAACUCCACCAAUGGCACUGAAAUCUGUCCUUUGUUUUUUCCUGCAUUUUUCAUUAUUCAUUACUUUAUUGAAAAUUUUCAGUUUAAUUUUUUUUAUCAAAACCAUUUUUGGAAACAUAAUAUUUGGUCUAUAAAACUCCAUUAUUUACAGAUCAUCCCAUUUCAUAGCUUUAGUAUUUCCUCCUUCUCUCUCUCCCCUAUCUUCUCCCUUACAUACACAAGCCUUCUUCUCCUCAUAUAUAUUGUUUUCUUUUUCCAUUUGAACCUGUGCCCAUCCCACAUAAUCUACACUGAGAAAGGAUCAGCAUAUGAAAUUGCUGACCUACAAAAAUAACAAUUCUUUAAGGUUUCUUAAUAAAUGUAUAAGGAAAUGAAAUGGGGCCAAUGGCAAUGAAAAGGGAACACUAACAGGUCAAUUCUGCAGGUGCCAACAUCAGGGGACAGAGGUGAUUCUCCAGCAGAAACCCUGAAUGUGACAGUUGCAGUCCCGACCAUGGUCAGUAGCCAAGUGCAAAUGUCUUUUACAGCCCAUUCUGAAAGCUGUUUGUCCUCAGGGUUCAAAAGCCAGUGGAUCCCAGACUGAAGGGACCAUGCCUAAUCUGAGCUGCUACAAUCCCAGUUCCUUUAUCCUUGUGGGCAUACCUGGCCUGGAUGAGUUCCACAUCUGGAUUGGGAUUCCCUUUUGUGUCAUCUACGUUUUGGCUAUUGUGGGCAACUUCAUCCUUGUCUACCUCAUUGCAACCGAGCACAGCCUCCACGAGCCCAUGUUCUUCUUCCUAGCUAUGCUGGCUACCACGGACCUCCUCCUGUCCACUGCCAUAGUGCCCAAACUGCUCAGUAACCUGUGGCUGGGUUCCCAGGAAAUAACCUUCUCUGGCUGUCUCACCCAGAUGUUCUUCCUUCACUUCAGCUUUGUGGUGGAUUCAGCCAUCCUGUUGGCCAUGGCAUUUGAUCGCUAUGUGGCCAUCUGCUUUCCCUUGAGAUACAGCACCAUCCGGACUCAGCAGGAGACCAUCAAGCUUAUGGUGAGCAUUGUCGUGAGGAGCUUCUCUGUCAUCUUGCCAGAUGUCUUUCUACUGAAACGGUUACCCUUCUGUGGGACACGCAUCAUACAGCACACAUACUGUGAGCACAUUGGGGUUGCUCGGCUUUCCUCUGCUGACAUCUCCAUCAACAUCUGGUACGGAUUUUCUGUCCCUCUCAUGACUGUCGUCUCAGAUGUGAUCUUCAUUGCUGUUUCCUAUACCUUCAUCCUCCAUGCUGUCUUUCACCUGUCAUCCCAGGGUGCCCGCCAAAAAGCCCUCAGCACCUGUGGUUCCCAUGUCAGCGUCAUCCUCAUGUUUUACAUACCUGCCGCCUUCUCCACCCUUGCACAUCGCUUUGGUCACAGUGUCCCUCGAAAUGUACUCAUCCUAUUUGCCAACCUCUAUGUGGCCAUCCCCCCUGCUCUAAAUCCUGUCGUCUAUGGAGUGAAGACCAAGCAGAUCAGGACAAACUUGUUCUCCUCUUUUCUUUGAAGAGGACACACUGACUAGGGAGGGCCACUGAUGGACAAAGUUAGGUGACAUUAAGUAGGUGAGAUUUUGUAUAACAUAGGAACCUAUAAAAAUAAAGCUGUAACUCUUGUUCGCUUGAAAUUUUCGAGUUCCAGCCAUGUGCAAAGUAUGGACAGGUGGGGGAAAGGAAGAAAGAAAACCUUCUAGAUGUCCAGAAAAUCAAGGGUGUUCCUGGUUCAGUUUUCUCACCACCUGGACGAGGAAGCUGAUGAUGGGUACAGAAGAGCACUGAUACUAAGGUUGACUUCUUUCCUAUUGCUAAUUUUGAGAUAUUUGAAGGUUAGGUAUUUCUUAAUAUACAACUCACCCCUGUGCUUCUGAGUUCCUGAGUUAAAGACAAAGGCUCCUGUCUUCCCUCUUUAAGUAGCUCUCAGUUCUGUCUAUUACAACUACUAAGCUUGAUGCUUUGUGGUUUAGUCCUGAGUCUGCCCAUUAUUAACCCCUCCUCCUGUGUCCUAUACUUGCUUUACAUUUCCCCCUACCCAUCUCAACUUACAUGAAACUUGUUGUUUUUUGUAUCUAUUUUCUUCAAUUGGGCACUCCAAGAAGAUUUUCACAAGCUGUGACCUAUAUUUUAUAAAUAUUAAUUAAUUUAAUGAAAAAUAAUUAUGGCUCAGUCAGGUAA